AGUCUUCUUCUUCUUCCAGGCGGUGGUGGGUGGCGGCGGCGCGCGAUGGAAGGCCAGGCAGCAGCCAAUUUAACUUUGCCGGAGGCGCUUCUUGAUUUUCUUGACGACAAUGGGAUUGACUCUUCAAUUUAUAAACUUAACGAUUCCAUUCCUCGCUAUAUAAGGCUAAAGCCUGGCAGAGAGUCUCUAAUUAAAGAGAUUGAAACCGAGAUCAAUCAUGAACUAAAGGGUGUGGAUUGGUUACCUAAUUUCUUUUCACUUCCUCCUGAUGUUCAGAUUGCCAAAACAAAGGCAUAUAAAGAAGGAAAGAUAUAUGGGAUUGAUGCUGCUUCUGGAGCUGCUGUUUCAGCUUUGAGUAUCUCACCUGGAGAUCACAUCCUUGAUCUCUGUUCUGCUCCUGGUGCUAAACUUUGUAUGAUGCUAGAUUUACUUGGUGGGUCGGGUAGUGUAACAGGUGUUGAUGUGGCUAGACAUCGUUUAGCUGCUUGUCGAACUAUGUUGCUGAAAUAUGGUAUUGGUGAUCAUUGUCGUCUAUUUGUUGCUAAUGGUACAAAGUUUUCCCUUCCUCCUGUUGUCAGGACGGUUCAUACAGGCGAACCUCAAGUUGAAGAACCACAAAUUGUCUAUAAGGAGUGGUCACUAAAGAAGAGACCUUGGAAAGAAAGGAAACGAAUUAAUAAAGCAAUGUCACUAGGAACAUCGUUAAUCAAUUUAGGAACCGAAAAUCCAGAGCUCAUGUUCUAUGGUCAGCAUUCUGGCAUAGUCGGUCUGACUGAAAAUCAGUUGUAUCAAGCUGUAGAUGACGAUGAUCUUAUGUUUUAUGGCUAUGACAAGGUCCUUGUGGAUGCAGAGUGCACUCACGAUGGAUCGAUUAAACAUAUCCAGAAGUUUGAACAGUGGGGAUGGCAAACUUUCCAAAACCGAGUUCUGGAUGCAGAGAGAACAGACGAAUUGUCUGUCCUUCAGUUAGGACUCCUGACCAAUGGUUUUAGAUUGCUCAAAGCUGGAGGGUAUCUCAUCUACAGCACUUGCAGUUUGACAAUUGCUCAGAAUGAGGAUGUGGUGGAGCGGUUUCUCUUGCAGAAUGCUUCUGCCAAAUUAGUGGAGAUAGAUGCUUCCAGUAACUGGCCUUGCAGAAUCGGUUAUAUAGGAAAGACGAUACGAUUUGAUCCCACAACAUCAAGAACAAGUGGGCUUUUCAUUGCCAAGUUCACAAAAUUGAAAAUCCGAAUGCAGGUUCAUUUAUUUUAUUAAUAACACAUAUAAUAGACAUUAACUAGAGAUAAUGGCAUGCCCUUUGAGAAGAAGAUUUUACUGGGAUUUUGGUUUGCAGUUUCUUGGAAGGAAGGAUGAUCGAUAACAAAGAUGUGUAUUUUAGGGUUUAUGAUUUAGGGUUAUUUGUAAAACUAAAUAAUCCAAAAUCCUUGAGUCUUACAUUUGUUUACCUUAAAUUUGGUUAUAUUUUCUU